UUGAGGUUAGAGUUAGACCCUUUUCUACUUACAAGUUCGAUGAAGCUCUAAGUUCAGAUUCCGGUGAAUUUGUCAAGUUAAUCACCUAUUGUAGUAAUUUUUAAGGUCCCAUCGUUUUGAGUUCGUUAUUUUCGGGGAUCUACAGUUUUUCGUUUUUACCGUACGUCACAACCAAAGAGAAUGUUCGACUGCGAAAUAUGCCGAGUGAAACUCAAUGGAGAAGUUAUCAGAGAAGCUCACCUCAAAGGAGCAAAACAUCAGAAAAAGGUAAAAGCAGCUGAAAUGCAAUCGCUAGCAGAAACCGACUCAUCAAUCAAGGUUGAGGCCAACAACGUUUAUAGCUGCAAAGUAUGUGAUAUUGUGCUCAAUUCCCAUGUGCAACUCAAAGCUCAUCUUGAUGGUUCUAAACAUCAGACCAAAGUAGCACAAGCUGGACAACCUAAAAUGAGAACUGAAUCAGGAUUACAGAUGACCCCUAUCUCAAUCUCUGCUACAGCUAAUCCAGCUCCAACUCCAAAAACAGGACCAGACGGCACUUCAAAAGCAGAGUUUUUCUGUGCGCAUUGUAAUGUUCACGCUAACUCAGAUCUUCAGUACCAGCAGCACAUGAGCUCUCAGAAGCAUCUCAACAAGGUGAAUCUGGCAGGACGAGAGGGUGCCAGAGCAGGGAGAGGCAAACCGUAUAACCGAUCUCAGUUCACGAACAAUGGCUACAGUGGUCCUGGCAACAAUGGCUACAGUGCUCCUGGUAAUAAUGGCUACAGUGCUCCUGGCAACAAUGGCUAUAAUGCCCCGGGCAAUAAUGGCUACAGUGCCCCUGGUAAGAAUAGUUACGGCGGUCCAGCCAAGCAUGCUUUCAGAGGCAAGGGGCAGCGAAAUCUCCAAAUGGGUGCUAUGAAUGGUGGCUACAGGUUUCCAUACAACUACAAUGGCGGCUAUCCGAGGAGCCGGGGAGGUGCUCAUUUCUAUCCUGCCGGAUACAAUCCAGGGAAUUUCAUCAAGGGAGGCUCUCUGCCUCCUAUGAGCACUUUUUUCCCUAAAGCUGGCGCCGUGUGAUUGAACUUACAAAAAAAAUCUGUUGAGAUGCGACCAGCUUCAUCAUGAGCCACCCAUUCCAUUUUCAAAAUGAGCUUUUGGCAAAACCAUCCUACUAACUAGAGCAAAUGCUCUCGAAUCUUUCUCCUAAAUGAAACACUCAGCUAUGGGGUGACUUGUUUUUCUUCUGUGUGGUACUCAUACAAGAAACUGUUAAGUUUGCCCAACUUCAAGAGAUGGUAUUUUAAAUACCAUUCAGAUCGUAUUGUAUCCAUCCAAUGGGCAUCCAUUAAUGUCUGACUGUGCCGAUUUCUUAAUUACGUAUUCUCAUUUUUUAUAUUUUAUUAUUCAGUAAUUUGAGUUCUCCACGGUUGCAUCCCCAAAAUUACUUGUUCCUGUAUUAUUUAGCGUGUGUAGUUGUUUAGAAUAGUCGAUUAUUUUAUACUGGAAGAACAUAUUAGACUUACUCAAGUAACUUUUGAAAGUAUUUUUAAUAGGCUAAGGAGUUAUUUUUGAGGAAGAUUUUCAGUGAAAAACGGACUUUCAUUUUAUUUCUGUUAAAUGUAGAGGGUUUUUUUUUUUUUUUUUUUUUCCGCUAACAUCGGCUUUGCAACACUAUUGAACAUCAAACUUUUCACUGUUCUGUAGCCGCAAAAAUCUCAUUAAUUCUCUACGUCAUUAAGCAGGUUUUAACUUUUGUUCAAUUUGUAGGUAUCAGACUUUUAUUUUAAAUAUUUAUAACAAGGUCUAUUUAUUUUAAAGUAUAAUUUUGGAUCAGUAAUUUCGCCAUGUAAAAGGAUGCCUCCUAAAAGUAUCCACUUCUAAAACUUUAGUGAGUGAUUUAGUUGAUCAAACAGGGUUACACUGAAUAUGUUCUCUACAUUUUUUUCACACGUUCCAAUCCUUCUCUAUCCUUUUUUCAGCCUCUUACUAUCUGUUUUUCAUUGUUCCAGAAGUAGUCUUUCCUGCUCAUUUUAUUUGUGACUCCACUAUUACUAUAAGGACUUGUCCUUGAGGUUUGAGGGAAUAUUUGUAUUUUCUUUGCCUUUUAACAUUAUAAUUCGAGUAAGGAAAUUUCCCAAAGUUUGUCUGUGUACCUAUUUUAUAGUUCGUCACUUAUGAAGUUUCAUUUUAAUUUUUCUUUUGUUGAUAAAAAAUGUCCUUGUGUGUAGAAUUCCACUCAAUGAUUUGAUUUUUCUCUACCGGCAGCAGGGUCUUUUCUCUCUCUCUCUUCUCCUAUCAGUAUUUCGAUUUUCCCUAAAAUUUCUAAAAUAAAUUUUCAUAUUAUGGUAAUGUUUAAUUGAUUUAGUUUUUUUAAGGCACUUACACGUCCUCAUGAGGUAGUUUCAUGGCUGCUGGCUGGAUGGUAACAAUACUGUCAGAGUUGUCGCACAGCAAGCGUGCCAGCCGAACUUUCCUUAUUUCUUGUAGUUGACCUAUUGAGAGAUGAACAAAUCAAAGUUUUAGAAUCAUAUUCUUUUGAGUUUAUGUGCACAAGACCUUAUAUUUUUCUACACUGCAUUGUUAAAAUAAAUAUUUGCACUUGCAAGGAUCUCUAGCGACUCAUUUUGAUCAAGUAAUGUUUUAUUCGUUUAGUGCUGUUUGAAAAGUUUAUUUAAAUGUACUACUUGUUUUUAUGACUGUGAAUCGAUUUAUAAAAUCAUGAAAAUAAAUGUUACAAUUUUCAGAUAACGUC